AUGUUGGAGCACAUGUCCCGGAAUUGCACAAAGGAUAACGAGACCAAGUCUUCGUUCACUUCCAAGCUGAGCUUUUCUGCUGACAUAUGCGUGGGACUUGCCAUCCUUUCAGUAGUGUUCCUUUCCGUUAUGGGCAACGGCAUUGUUCUGGUGAUCUGCUACCGUCGCCGCAACAAGAUGGUGGGCUCUGAGCUGCUGUGCGUCAACCUGGCUGUGGUAGAUUUCCUGUGCUGCAUCUGUUUCUACCCGCUCUCCAUUAUUUCAUCCUUUCACCAUGCGUGGCUGGGGGAAAACGUCACGUGCAUCUACUAUGGCCUUGGCUGCUACAUCUUUGGCCUGUGCGGCAUGUUCACCAUCGCCGCAAUAAGCAUCAUCCGCUACCUUAAGAUAUGCUACAGCUUGGUUUCGGAAUUGUGGCUGGAGAAGCCCAACAUCAGGCUUGUGUGCUGUGUCAUCUGGCUGGUGUCUACAGUGUGGUCCAGCUUCCCUCUCUUUGGCUGGGGUGAAUAUGUCCCCGAGCCUUAUGGACUGUCCUGCACCAUUGCCUGGCGAGGCUACCACACCUCAGCCAAGGAUGCCUUUUAUGUCAUUUGCUCCUUUGUGUGCUUUAUACUAACCCCUAUGCUGUUCAUAGUAAUGUCACAUUGCCAGACACUCUACAAGAUCUCACGCUUCUCUUCUUCACUGUCUGCUCGAGGAAUCCACAACAACCUGCGACGUGCUGAGAAACGACUUUCCAUGAUGUUUUUCUGCAUAAGUCUCGGCUUUGUCAUCGCCUGGAUGCCGUAUACCAUCGUGUCUUUCCUCUUCAUAUUCCACAAGGAGGACCAUUACAUGUCUCCUGAGGGCUUCGUUUUCCCUGCCCUCUUUGCCAAAAGUUCCCACGUCUACAACCCGUUCAUUUAUUUCUACUUCAACAAGACCUUCCAGAAAGAGCUCCGGUCCCUGCUGGACAUUAUCUGUCCAAAAAUGGGAAGGAAUCGGGUCAGCGCCCACAACGCUUUAAACAUCCAAGCUCCUGAUCCCAUCCAUAUCCAACUCCAAGAGAGACCCCAUGUCCACAAGAUAUUUGCUUUAUCUAGGAGUUGUACACAGAGCAAAAGCAAAACAUCAGGCAAAGAUACCAAUGGUAACCACGGCCUCAAAAGAAGAGUCAACACCUGUUGGGGGUCGACGCCAGGACGAGCCCCAGUUAUUUUGGAGGAAGCAAAGGUCAACAAUCCUUUGCCUCUGUCUGUAACCUCUGUUUAG